AUGUCGCAGCCAUCUCGACUUGAGAAAAAAGCUGAAAAUUGCCUCGAAAAGGGAGAAUUUUAUGAAGCCCAUCAAGUCUAUCGAACUAUGUAUUUUCGAAUGCUACAACAGGAGAAAUUCGAGGAACUUCUUGAUUUGCUUUGUUGCGGUUGCAAAAAGUUGGCGGCAGUUAAGGAAGCACUUGGAUCUAUAGAUCUUGCUGAACUGUACGCUGAGACACUGGUUAAAUCGAAGAAAGAGCCUAGUGAAGGGAUUCUUGAACAGAUUUCUAGUAUGGUUGAACUCUUCACCGAUCCAUCGUUCGUGCUCCCUACUCCAGAUGCUCACAAUCGAUUCAUUUCAAGUUGCGUAAAAUGGUCUCAAUCGGUAGCCACCAAAAGAAGGGAGAAAAGGCACGGUCUCAGUGAAUUACAUUAUGUGAUCGCCAAGGCGUACAUAGCUCAUGGUCAGUACGUGCCAGCACGAAAUCACAUGCUUUUUGCGGAGCAUCCAGAGGAGUUCGCUACUUUACUGCGUAAGAUUUGUGAAGAAGGAGGCUGUAAAUCGUUGGAGUCGGAACUUUUCUGCGUUCUACCUGCGCUACAGCUUCUUGCGAUGCACCGUGUUCAAACCGCAUCCAGACUUUUAGCGGCAUAUACAGCGAAUGAUGAUACACCUAAUGGAUUUCGCCAAGAACUGCUUAACUUCCUUAGGCUGGUUUGCAAUGCACUCACUUUGCACGAUGUUAAUUUGUUCGACCAUUUGGUCAAAGUUUAUAAGCCUCACUUAGACGCUGAUCCAAAUUACUCUAACUACAUUGAUAGGAUUGGGCACAUUUUCUUUGGACAUCCCUCACAGAAAAGGGGAGAUUCGUUGGGUGGCCUUUUCGGGAACAUAUUGAAAGGAGUGCUGGGAGAGAAAAAGGAGGAGGAUGAGAUUUUUUCUGAUUCUGAUUUCGAAACAGGAGUUGCUCGCACAACGCGAUCUGAGACAGAAGAUGCUUACGAGACAGCGGAGGAAUCAGACAUUGCAGACGUCCCGCAGUCAGGCGGACAAAAACAGCAGACAGUCGAGAACUUCGAUGAUCUCGAUUAG